AUGGCGGAGAGUCUAGGGGGCGUCCACGAUCAGCGUGCGGAUAUGGCAGGCAUCCCCGCCAGCCCUGUUUCUACUCUGAAACGCCUAGGGCGCCUGGCGAUGGCAGUGGAGCUUUUGUCUGCCCAGCCCCAGGCUGCGGUGACCUUCGAGGACGUGGCUGUGCUUCUCUCCCGGGAGGAGUGGGGUCACUUGGGCCCUGCUCAGAGGGGCCUGUACAGGGACGUGAUGCUGGAGACCUACGGGAACCUGGUCUCACUGGGAGCAGGACUUGCAGGUCCAAAACCUGGGGUCAUCUCACAGCUGGAACGUGGGGAUGAGCCGUGGGUCCUGGAUGUAAAGGGAGCCAAGGGGAGAGUUGACAGUUCAGAUGGGACCUGCACUGAGUUCAAGGAGUUGACUUCAGGAGAGAUGUUUGAUGGGGAACAACUGGAUCGACUCAGGGGGACUAUUCCCCAGAGACUUGACCUGGGGGAAUACACUGAGCAUGCUGGGGAGCUGGAGGAGUGUUUGGACAAGCCAGUGGGGAAGAAGGGCCCUAGCUACUGUGGGAAAACCUUCAGGUAUAGUGCUAACCUUGUUAAGCAUCAGCGGCUUCACAGUGAGGAGAAGCCCUACAAGUGUGAUGAAUGUGGGAAAGCCUUCAGCCAAAGCUGCGAAUUCAUCAAUCACAGGAGGAUGCACUCAGGGGAGAUCCCCUACAGGUGUGAUGAAUGUGGGAAGACAUUCAAUAGGCGGCCCAACCUCAUGAAACAUCAGAGGAUUCACACUGGGGAGAAGCCCUACAAGUGUGGUGAGUGUGGGAAACACUUCAGUGCCUAUUCUUCUCUUAUUUAUCACCAGAGAAUCCAUACUGGAGAAAAGCCCUAUAAAUGUAAUGACUGUGGAAAAGCCUUCAGUGAUAGCUCAAUCCUUAUCCGACAUCGGCGGACUCACACUGGAGAGAAACCAUUUGAGUGUAAAGAUUGUGGAAAAGGCUUUACCCAAAGUUCUAACCUUAUCCAACAUCAGCGAAUUCACACUGGAGAGAAACCUUAUAAAUGUAAUGAAUGUGAGAAAGCCUUCAUCCAAAAAACCAAACUUGUUGAACAUCAGAGAAGCCACACUGGAGAGAAGCCCUAUGAAUGUAAUGAUUGUGGCAAAGUCUUCAGCCAGAGCACACACCUUAUCCAACAUCAGAGGAUCCACACCGGGGAGAAGCCUUAUAAGUGUAGCGAGUGUGGGAAGGCCUUCAGCCAGAGCACUUACCUGAUACAGCACCGCAGAAUCCACACAGGAGAAAAGCCCUAUAAGUGCAGUGAGUGUGGCAAGGCCUUCCGGCACAGCUCCAAUGUGUUUCAGCAUCAGAGGAUUCAUCUUCGGGAAGACUUCUCCACAUGA